ACCCAAAACCGAAGUCCGAAGAAUUGAUUUUUGUGUUCUCUUUCCUUUACGAUGUGUUAUGGUCACAAUCAAUCGUUUUCGUCGCGAAGCAGCCUCCGUCGCCGAUCGCACGACGGAGAUGACGAUUCAGUGGUGGUAGAAGAUCUUCGCGACCGGCUGGCGGAAACCGAGGCGCGGCUGAGACGAGCAAGGGCGAGAGAAGCUGAGCUAAGCCGGAGGUUGGAGCAUAUGAAGAGAUUCGUUUCGGUGAUGGAGAUCAUUGAGACUUUCUUAGAACGGCGAUUCCAAGAGCAGAAAGAUCGAAUUGCCCGCCUUUUCUCUCCUGUAUCGACUAAAUAAAAGGGAAGGAAGCGUCAUCAUCGUCUUCUUCUUCUUCUUCCUCUUGCUUUUUUUCUUCUUUUUGUUGUGGGAUCUCUUUACUUUUGAAUGUCCCUUGUUUGUUUGUUGUUUGAUAGUAGCAGUUUAAGUUAAUUUCAGCAGCAAAUUUCUAAGAACCAUAGAUUUUGUUUUGUUGAAGCUUAAGGUAAAAAUGAAAGCUAUGUGCAAUUAUGUCCA